UGCUGUCAAUCAACCGCUGUGCUAAAACAGGUUUAAAUUUUGCUGGUUACAAGUGGCUUUACAAGAAGAUGUAAGUUCGGAAAAUGUUAAAAGCGGAUACAUAAGCAUGAGAACUUUGCGGAUCUUCAGUGUGUCUGAUCAACAUGUAGGGACCGGGGAGUGGAGCGGCAACAACUUCCCCUCUGCGCUCAAAGGAUUUAAUCACUCCGGGUUGUCCAUUUCCCGCUCCUGGAUUAGAAAAACCCCGCUCCCUGUUCGCUCCUUGGCAAAAUUAGCGCCUAACUAUCUCUCCACUGUUACCAGAGCCUGCCAGAUCCAUCUGCGGUCCUGCCUGAUGUCUGACCCCCACUGUUUCGCUGAGUGAUGACCAACCAGACUUCUUCAGUCCACUAAGACGGAUGUCACGUCUAGAUGUGUUUUUGUUCAUGUUUUGUGUUCAUGUCUUUUAUUUUAAAGUUUAGUUCCUGUUCAGGUCAUGUGGUUUCAUGUUAUGUUAUUUCCUGUUUCCAUGCCAUGUUGGUUCCUGUUUCCUUGGUCAUGUGAUUUCAUGUUUCCCUCCAUGUUCAUGUGUCUUGUUUUCAUUGGUUUAUUGUCUUGUUACCUUGUUAUCAGUUCUGUCUUGUCAUUGGUUAUCAUUGUCUUGUUUCUCCCUUGUCCAUGUAUUUAAGCCUCAUGUUUGCCAUUGUCAGGUAUUGUGAAUGUAACUUUGUUGGAUUGUGCAUGUCAAGUCAGACCAAGUCAUGUCAAGUUCAUGUUUUUGUAUUUUGUUCAUGUUGGGAGUUAUGGUUUUUGGAUUUCAGGACUGAUGAUAAACUGCACUUGGGUUCAUCACACAUCAUCAUCUUCAUCUGUCUAUCAUUGCCAGCAUCAUUACAAUGCAUCAAAUCAUCCUCUGAAGUCCAAACUCAAAGACAUGGGAUUCUUCAUGAGCCACUGUCUGAAGCAUGGGCUCAGGAUGGAGUUCACCAAAAUGACCUGCCAUAAGCUUCCAGCUGGAUUGCGAUGCUCCUCCCUGAAUGAUACCUAUAGACACUUGGUCAAAGGAGGGACAAUUAAUUAACCACUAAUAAAAGCCUUCAUUGGCCAAAAUCAAAGGACAAUGCAUCUACAUGUAUUUCCUUAGUUAAUUUGUGAUGUCUUCAAGGACUUUAACACUAAAACUUAGUUCAAACAAAAUCAUUUUGUUUAACCGUUAACCCACAACACUUACUUAGUUUACUAAAUAUAACCACUAAUCGUUCUAAACAUAAAUAACUAAUACUGGCAUUAUAUUCAUUUUUUGUAAUAGCAUAAUUUCCUGUACAACUGCUUUGAAACAAUGCCUGUUGUAAAAAGCGCUAUACAAAUACACUUGACUUGACUUGGGUGCAGGUUGGGCUUCCCCAAGUACUUUUGCUAGGUUCUAUCUUUGUGGCGAGGGCAGAAUAUCGCUCUGUACACUUCAGUCGAAUAUUCUGACCAGAAAACGCCACACUCCUACUUAUAUACGCUCUGUGUCACGUGUGAAGGAGAUUAAAUUAAAAUUGGCAUGAUUUUAUGGAGAAACCCCAUACUGUCAGCAAACUGAUGCAGCAUCUCAUUCCCUACUUUCAGGGAAACAGGGUUAAAGUCAUAACCUUAUCAUUUUCCAUUCAUUAUCAUUCAUGAAUUAAGCACAAUAUUGUGGUAAAAACACCUACUGUCAUUAUCCCCUAACAUCUUAGAAGAGUCCUGCAUGGUUUCUGUGAUCCUCAUGUGGUAGAGCCAGUCAGGGACUAUGAAUGGGCAGACUUAAAUGAGUUUGGACACUGGCGGCUACGCCUGAAUGUGACAGAGCGCCGGAGGCAACAAAGAGGGUAAAAGCAGUACGCUUGCUUUCAUGAGCUCCAAUUUAGGAGAAUCAACUGACUAUACCACCCUGGUACUUCCCCAGGGAAAUAAUAACCCCAAAAGAAAAGGGCACACAGAUUUGUUACCAAAGGAAGCAGAGAGACAUGGGUAACAAUACAAAAAUAGAGUUAUUGAGUACAUAGUAAUAGAAAUAAGUAAUAGAAAGAUAAAAACGUUUGGUUGACAGUGGGGCAAAUGUCUCUCAGAAAAGUCAGGCAUAAGCUCAGUAUACCAACACAAAGGUCACACAAAAAGAAGAAAACAAAAUUAAAUGUCACAGGGCUGAGGCUUACCAGUAGGUGGGUAGGCUAGCUGAAAACGUAGUAACUCCCCGAAACCACACCACUCACCCAAAUACACUCUCACAGCCACACACGCACACUAAGUGAGAAAAAUGGAUGCAAGCAGCAAAAACACAACACUCAGUGAAGGAGACAACACCACCAAAGGAUGGGGACAGCCAGCUUCCCCACCCAGGAACCCUAAGCUCCUGGAAUAAAAAAAGAUACACAAUUAACUGCACAGGUUAUAGUAAAACCAAGCUUCAGAUGGUUAUAAAAGAUUCUCAAAAGAGAAAGUAGGGUAUCACAAAAUUGGCAUCCCACAACAGAAAAGGAAAUGAAAAAUAAUACCAAAUGAUAUGGACAACUGAUAUCAAUUGAGUAAACUUACACCAAAUAAACCAAAAUAAAACAAAUACAGAGUGGCAAAUUACUAAAGAAAAGAGAAAUAUAGCCAAAAUUAUACAAAAAAAUAAAGCUGAAUACUGGCAGACAUCAACUGAGCUUUUGCCAGGCAAACCUAAAUCAAUACAUUAAACAAAAUACAUAUGGCACACUCAGUUUCCUUAAAAAUAAUACAUGAGAAUAAACAGAUACUUGGGAAUGCCUCAAGAACAAAAGAAAAACACUAAACAAACAAAUUAAUAAGAACCACGCCGCCGUCGGCCAUACAUCUUUUGAGCCGGCUAAUGUGCACUGCUAAGGGCACGUUAAACAAUGGGUGAGCGUGUUAAAACAGAGUGCCACUUUUCCACCUUAACACCGGCGUUGGCGUGAAAAACAAACAAACAAAGAAAACAACCAUAAAACACAGCAGCAGCAAAACAGCAGCGCCAUCGUAACAGUGUCUUCUGAUGAGAAGUGCACACCCCGCCGCCCAAACAAAGAGAAAAUGCCCUCAGACAAGCAAAUCAACCAACAGUGAACGGUUGCUGAAACCCACAGGACAUACGGUUGCUCAAAGCAUAGAUCGCAGUAGCCUAAUCUUAAAUAUGCGAGUGGUACGAGACAAGCUGGGGGUAAUAGACAGCCUGCACACAGCAGUGAGACCGAACGGAACUGACACUAACUACAUGUGCUAUCUGGGGUAGAGAAUGUGUCGUGGAAUGACACGAAGGGUGAGUGAAUAAUGACAACAUUUUCAUUUUAGGGUUAACGAUUCCAUUAAAGUAAAUUAUAUUUAAAUUAAAUCCACAAUAAAAUGUGGAUAUUUUUUACUUUACUUGACUUAGUGAAAGUGGUUACCUACCAAUACUUAGGCUAACCCUUGGUUUUUGCAUCCUUCUGGCUGAUACAGACAUUGUUUGAGGUUGGGGAGAGGGACGGUGAGUGAGUGGGCCACAUUUCAGGGAUAAACAAAUAUUGUAAAGAGUGUCCCUGAUCUGGUCAAGUGACUGGGUAAAGAACUUUUACAUGAACUCAUCUAUCUAGAAGUUACAUGGCACCAUGUCGUGACUCGUGAGAAGACCACUGAACUUGAGGUAGGCUAAAUGUUUAUAACAUUUUUUAUGAUAUUUUCCAGGGAAAUCCAAACUGUAAAAAUAAAAGUACUAUUUUGAGGAGAAACAUGUUUUAUUAUUAUUAUUAUUUUAUUUUUACAUUUCUUAGUAAUAUUUUAUUUGGAGAAUAGCAAUAAAUUGUGUUAAAUAUAACUUCUUAUCCAUACAGAUAUCUGAUAUAUGGUCAAAUAUCAAUAUAUAUCCCCCAAUAAAAUAUAUAAUAUAUUUGAGCAUAUAUGUUCACAAUGUAUUCCACUCAUCCCACAUUGGAAAAUAUGUUACAUUUAUGACAAAUAUUAUUUGUAUUUUUUUAGUAUUUUGAAAUAUAUGUUUCAUAAAUGUACAUAGCCUAUAUUUCAUAUUUUGCACAAAUUGCCAUAAAUCAGAUUUCUGUAUGGGAUUGUGCUCAUCUCAGGAUAAAUUUGUUUAAAUUCAAAGGUAUCACAUCUUUGGGUUAGUGUUUGAAAGUAUGAGACAUUUCACACCUCAAAACCAGUUGUUAUUAAAAACAUCCGAGAUAUUCAUCGCUGAUUCUUCUGUUCGCGCCUCUUUCACCUGACGCACUAGAGGGCUUUACUGCUCAUGCGCAGAGAGUAGUCAAUUAGCUUGCUUUUGAUUGAAUGAUUGCUUGAUUGGCAAAUGUCUGUGGGUGUGUACAUGAUCUUGCACACUAUUUAAGGAUAGAGUGCGAUUUUGGAAGUGUGAUUGUUUUGGAUGAGGAAGAGUCCUUCACUAAAUCUGAAGUAGAGAUGCAACUCUUUGUGGGGAUGGUGAAUGUUUGGAGGAUUAUAAUGAUAUUUGCGUUUGUGCACUUUGUAGGUGUGGAACUGUUUUAACAACCCAGUGAUCAUAGAACAGUUUGGUAGCUGAUCAAAUAAGUGCAGAAACACUGUAAAUCGUGCCCUGUUUAACAUUAAUUUAUGAGUCAGUCUUUUAAAUUAGUUCAGUUUGAGUUGUGCUUUGAAACAGUUUCUCUCUUUGUCUGUGUCAGUGGCUCAAACAAAAAUACCAUGUGGUGAACCAAGAAAAUAUCAGGACAAGCUGCUGGACAACCAAAACCUUGUUAAAUCAGUAUUCAGAAACUUGGAGAAAGCUGUGUAUAAAUGUGCCCCUGGUUAUACGCAAACGGGUGGAAGUCCAACAUCGUUCUGUAUUGAUGGACAGUGGACACCCUUGAACAUGCAAUGUGAACGUUAUCCACAUGCUGCUGGCAUCCCAGUCUCUGGUUUGUCAGUUAAAUGUCCAGUCAUUGACAUCCCCAAUGGUAUGGUAGUCAAAACUGUUAAGGGUUCUCCACUGGAUCUAGUGUCAAACACAAUCAUUCAGAUCGCCUGUUCUCCUGGAUUCAAACUGAAUGGAGCAAAUCUGCUCCGCUGUGGAGCAGAUGGGUCCUGGACCCCAAGUGUUCCCACCUGUGUGCCAGUGAAAUGUCCAGUCAUUGACAUCCCAAAUGCUAUGGUAGUGAACAGUGCUAAGGGUUCUCCACGUGAGGCUGUGUUUAACACCAUUGUUCAGAUCGCCUGUUCUUCUGGAUUCAAACUGAAUGGAGCAAAUCAACUCCGCUGUGGAGCAGAUGGUUCCUGGACCCCAAGUGUUCCCACCUGUGUGCCAGGUAAUCCAAAAGCUGCUGACAUCCCAGUCACCAGUCCAUCAGUGACAUGUCUAGUCAUGGACAUCCCCAAUGGUAUGGUAGUCAACAGUGCUAAGGGUUCUCCACGUGAGGCUGUGUUUAACACCAUUGUUCAGAUCACCUGUUCUUCUGGAUUCAAACUGAAUGGAGCAAAUCUGCUCCGCUGUGGAGCAGAUGGGUCCUGGACACCAGAUGUUCCCACCUGUGAGCCAGUGACGUGUCCAGUCAUUGAUGUCCUCAAUGGUCAGGUAUCCCCACAACAGGUUGUGUUUGACACCGUUGUUCACAUCACCUGCUCUCCUGGAUUCAGACUGAAUGGUGCAGAUCAACUCCGCUGUGGAGCAGAUGCUUCCUGGACCCCAAAUGUUCCCACCUGUGAGCCAGUGACAUGUCCAGUCAUUGACAUCCCCAAUGGUAUGGUGGUCAACAAUGCUAAGGGUUCUCAAGAGCUUGUGUUUGACACCGUUGUUCAGAUCGCCUGCUCUCCUGGAUUCAAGCUGAAUGGUGCAGAUCAACUCCGCUGUGGAGCAGAUGCUUCCUGGACCCCAAGUGUUCCCACCUGUGAGCCAGUGACAUGUCCAGUCAUUGACCUCACCAAUGGCCGGGUAAUCCCACCAGUGGUUGUGUUUGACACCGUUGUUCACAUCACCUGCUCUCCUGGAUUCAGACUGAAUGGUGCAGAUCAACUCCGCUGUGGAGCAGAUGCUUCCUGGACCCCAAGUGUUCCCACCUGUGAGCCAGUGACAUGUCCAGUCAUUGACAUCCCCAAUGGUAUGGUGGUCAACAAUGCUAAGGGUUCUCGAGAGCUUGUGUUUGACACCGUUGUUCAGAUCGCCUGCUCUCCUGGAUUCAAGCUGAAUGGUGCAGAUCAACUCCGCUGUGGAGCAGAUGCUUCCUGGACCCCUAAUGUUCCCACCUGUGAGCCAGUGACAUGUCCAGACAUUGACAUCCCCAAUGGUCAGGUAAUCCCACCAGUGGUUGUGUUUGACACUGUUGUUCACAUCACCUGCUCUCCUGGAUUCAGACUGAAUGGUGCAGAUCAACUCCGCUGUGGAGCAGAUGCUUCCUGGACCCCAAAUGUUCCCACAUGUGAGCCAGUGACAUGUCCAGUCAUUGACAUCCCCAAUGGUAUGGUGGUCAACUAUGCUAAGGGUUCUCCACAAGAGCUUGUGUUUAACACCGUUGUUCAGAUCGCCUGCUAUCCUGGAUUCAAACUGAAUGGAGCAGAUCAACUUCACUGUGGAACAGAUUCUUCCUGGACCCCAAGUGUUCCCACCUGUGAGCCAGUGACGUGUCCAGUCAUUGACAUCCUCAAUGGUCAGGUAUCCCCACAACAGGUUGUGUUUGACACCGUUGUUCACAUCACCUGCUCUCCUGGAUUCAGACUGAAUGGUGCAGAUCUGCUCCGCUGUGGAGCAGAUGCUUCCUGGACCCCAAAUGUUCCCACCUGUGAGCCAGUGACCUGUCCAGUCAUCGACAUCCCCAAUGGUAUGGUGGUCAACAAUGCUAAGGGUUCUCCACAAAAGCUUGUGUUUAACACUGUUGUUCAGAUCGCCUGCUCUCCUGGAUUCAAGCUGAAUGGAGUAGGUCAUCUCCGCUGUGGAGCAGAUGCUUCCUGGACCCCAAAUGUUCCCACCUGUGAGCCAGUGACGUGCCCAGUCAUAGACCUCACCAAUGGUCGGGUAAUCCCACCAGUGGUUGUGUUUGACACCAUUGUUCACAUCACCUGCUCUCCUGGAUUCAGACUGAAUGGUGCAGAUCAACUCCGCUGUGGAGCAGAUGCUUCCUGGACCCCAAAUGUUCCCACCUGUGAGCCAGUGACCUGUCCAGUCAUUGAUAUCCCCAAUGGUAUCUUAGUCGGUGCUAAAGGUUCUCCAAGUGAGGCUGUGUUUAACACUGUAGUUCAGAUCACUUGCUCUCCUGGAUUCAAGCUGAAUGGAGCAAGUCAACUCCGCUGUGGAGCAGAUGCUUCCUGGACCCCAAAUGUUCCCACCUGUGAGCCAGUGACUUGUUCUACACCUGUGGUGGAAAAUGGCAUGAUAAAUGGGGAGAGGCCAUGGUACAAACCCAAAGACACCGUGGUCAUCAUGUGCAGGAGGGGCUUUAAUAUGAUUGGCUCACCACAAGUGACAUGUGGACUAGAUGGCCAGUGGCAAGCCUUGCCCCGUUGUCUCAAUGAGUGGCGAAAGCCUUAA